GUCGGAGAGCUGAAACAAAGAGCCCAGGAGCUCCUAGAGGUCUGUAUUUUCGAACUCGUUCACGCUCAUGAACCACAUCGCCGCCUCCUUCCGCAGCUGACACUGCUGGAGGCCGGACUGGAUCUCGAGCCCGAAGUUGGCGCCCUCGUGCGGAGGGCCGAGAUCGCCUCGAACCGGCGCUCGAUCGCCUUUGCGCUGCGCCGUGGAGACGGCUCUGUGGUUACCUGGGGCGAUGCGAGAUUCGGAGGACGGACCACUCUGAUCCAGGACCGGUUGAAGGAUGUGCAACAGAUUUGCCCCUCUUCGGGGGCCUUUGCAGCCCUUCUGGCAGAUGGCUCCGUCGUGACCUGGGGCCACGCAGAAUGUGGCGGAAUCAGCGCCGGUGUGCACGAGCAGCUUCAUGAGGUUCAGCAGAUCGAAGCCAACGGCCGCGCCUUUGCGGCUAUCCGUUCGGAUGGCACAGUGGUGACCUGGGGCUCUGCGGAAGAGGGCGGUGAUUCCAGGAAGGUCCAGGAGAAGCUUCGUGGAGUGAUCAGGGUACGGAGUACCUCUAGUGCUUUCGCGGCAAUUCGAGGAGAUGGGACUGUGGUUACUUGGGGGAAUCCAUGCUUUGGUGGAGAUAGCUCUGCCGUUCAGCACCAGCUGGCAGAUGUCGUGGACAUCAGCGCCACUGCCGGUGCUUUUGCAGCGGUCUCCGCUCAUGAGAGGUUGGUUAUGUGGGGAAGCCCCGACUACGGCUGUGACGCAUCUGCAGCAAACAAGUUGAGCCAUGUCAGGGAGGUUGUGGCUUCUGCUGGGGCAUUUGCCGUGCUGCGGACGGAUGGCACAGUGGCUAGCAUCGGACGAUCGGACUGUGGGGGUAGGGCUGUGGAUAUCUGCGACAUCGAGCGGAUCUUUGCAUCUGGAAGUGCCUUUGCAGCCAUCCUAAGCGAUGGGCAUGUGACGACCUGGGGAGAUUCAGAGUACGGAGGAGACAGCUCCGCAGUACAAGACCAGUUGACCGACAUUCAGCAGGUCGCGUGCACGGCGGGUGCCUUCGCAGCCUUGCGGUCGGAUGGCCGUGUGGUCACCUGGGGUCAGGCUGACUGUGGCGGCCAGAGCCAGGAGGUACGUGACCAGCUGUCAGACGUGCGUGAUCUUGGCGCUUCUUUCCGUGCUUUUGCUGCUAUCCGGAUCGAUGGCCGGGUGGUGACCUGGGGCGAUCCCCACUACGGAGGGGAUGGCAGCACUGUCUGCCCGCAGCUUCAAAACGUUGAUGACUUCCGCCCUACAGCACUGGGCAUCCUUGAUGUC